UGUGCCAGAUUGCGUUUCAUGGGAAUUCCGACUCAAGAAGAAGAAGGUGAAGUCGAUGCGGCGGCUCUUUCCCAAGCUCAUCUAAUAGCUGUGGAUGACCCGGUUGGUUGUGUGGUGUUUCAUAUAAGACAUUGUAAAGACUUUUCCAAUACUUUGGUUCUAAAGAAGAGAAUGCUGCUGGUUAUUCGGAUCACUGUGGGUGAAGUCAUGAAGUGUACCAUGCCACACCACCUGAGGGAACUCCUGAAAAUGAAAAAGUCAAAAAUGGUCAUUCCCUUUGAAGAAGUCAAAUAUUUCUGUGUCCAGAUUCCUAGAGGGAAGAAUGAUGUAAGGAACAAGGUCAUUGUUGAGCUACUGGGGAUUGAGCGAAUGAGUGACAGCCAAAAACUCCUCGGGCGAACAAAUCUUCAGCUUAUUGAUAUUGUCCAACAAGUUUCUGUCUCGGACAUGUAUGAACUCGGGAUCAAGAAUCUGCAUGUUUGCAAUCUUGAUAUGUCGAUAGACUUUUCCUAUGGCUAUUUCGGAUAUGGAUACUCGAAUCAGCUGAAGAGAUUUGACAAAGAGAAACAGAAAAUCCAGGAGACCUCCCUCUUCCUCCGGAUACCCCCCUUGGAGAGCAGGAAGGACCAGGUGUACAAUGUGAUUACCUACCAGCCCAUGCCAUUCCCAGCAUUCCUACCUGAUGAUCUCCACGUGUCUCUCAGCAGAGAGAGAGACAGAGAUAGGGAAACUAUGUCAAAAGAGCCAUCGGAGUACCUCACAAAAGUUCCCAGAAAAGUCUUGCAGCACAUGAAGUCGAGAAAAAGAUUGGAUCGCCUGAGGCAGGAGUUAAAUGAGAAGCAAACUCAGGAACAGCGAAUGGAAUUCUUGGAACACCUGAUCCUGAGGAAAAUGGGGAAAUCAGGAAAAAUGCUGAGGUCAGAGAGGAAGGGAACUGUCUGGAGUAGUUUAACAGAAAGAAAAGCAUCUAUUUCUAUUAUACCAAAACCAGCCGAUCUAACAGGUAGUGGAGGCAUCGCUUUGGAAGAACAAGUGAACGAGCGUCGUUCUCCUGAAGUUGAAGAACAGAAGGUGCACGUUGAGCAAACAGUCUCCAGCCCCUUAAAAGUGCAAAGCUCUCCAGACCAGAUGACAGCCAGGCCAAGCACCCACAGAGGCUCACUAUUCACAAUUAUUUCACCCUUCUCUGCCCCGGCUGUUACACUUUCAGAGGAACCUCAGGAAAGCAAAUAUUUCAAGUCGAUGAAUUUUGCCUCAAUUGUCACUUUAUACAAGCCAUUUCUAAGAUUCCUGAAUUCAAUUCAAAGAUUUUCUCAGAGAAUGCGGAAGUUGGAGGUGCCAUCGUCUGAGACAUCAGAAAUGGAUAACUCUCAAAUAGAAUCCAUUAACACUACACCACAAUCAACAAGAAUGCCUUCACUGAGCCAAGAACAGGAUCAGGAAAGCGUAGACUUUUCAAGAUACCUUCAAAACAUACCUCCCCGUCCGGAGAUAGUGAAACCAGAAGAGGACAAGCUGAUGAGGGAUGUACAGACAGACAGAUUAGCAUUUAAGUCCAAGAGCUUAACACGUAUGUAUAACUAUCCUACAGUGGACAUUUCUGAAACAGCCUCCAUGUAUUCAAUAAUCGAAACUCAUGAAGAUGCAAGCUCUAUCAAAGUUCCAGAAAGCAGUGAGCUUCAGGAAAUGUCCAUCAGCUUCCUAACAUCCAGCCAUCCAGUGCCUCUGCAAGUCCUCCCACCAUCUGAAGAUACCUUGAGAAGGGAGGGUGAUGAACAGAAAAAUAUUCCGGAAACCGUACCUUCAUCAGAACCUUAUUCCCUGUUAGAAAUGGACUCAUCUGAAAUAGGACCAGUGUGGCUUGACAUGAAGCAGAAGAAGAUUCCAGAGAGCAUCAUAUCAAUGGAAAUUACGUCAGACUUAACAACCAGCCUGGAAGAUGUGGCUGAAAAACGAAGAACUAGUUCCAUACUGGACUUUGAAGAUGAGGGAAUUCUCCAACUAUAUAUGCCUGAAUUAGAGUCUGAUGUGACAUCAGAAGCAAGUGCAUUGCUCUCACGUCACCCACUCUCACGUCGAGACUUCGUCACGCCUGAAACCUCACCCAAUGUGAGAGAACGUGAGGAGAUUGAACAAUGGGAAAUGAUCUUCCAACAAAGUCUUUUCAAACCAGAAGUUUCCCACAAGAAACCGUUGACAGAAGUAAAUGACGAUCUAGAACAAGUUGUCCAGCACCCAGAGAGUCAGACACCAACUGACCAACGCAAGCGUAUCCCCAUUGUUGUGGUAGACACCAAUUUCCCCGACACUUGGUUCACAUCAGGAGAAGUGCUUUCUGGGAUACCUCAUCCCCAAAAGCAGCUUGGCAGACAUGAAAACCUGCCUCAAUCAACACCUAUUACAGGCUGGGACUCAGACAGUGAACUGAAGACAGAAAAUAAAAUGUUGUAUUUAAUAGACACAGACUUGCCAAAGACAUGGACCAAACCAUUAGAGAUACAAGACAUCAAGGAUCCAGAGGGAAAUGGAACUUUGGCCCUCAGUGAAUUACAGCUGGAAUAUGAAAAGAAAAAUGCACAAAAAGCUCACAGACCAGCAUACACAAAAAGCCUAUCCUCAGCUUCAUCACUGAAUGUUUCAGAGAUUGAAUCAGAAGCUGAAGAAGAAGCUGGAGAUGAGUUACUUUUCUGGGGAUAUCAGAGACGUGCACAUAAAGCAUCCACUCCAUCCAGCCUAACUGACAUAUCGACAUUUGUAUCACCGAUGGCCUCGGAAAGUGAAACAGAUCUUGACGAAAAUGCAUUCAGAACGCGUCAGGAAUAUAAACAGAGCUUGUAUUUGCCGCAGUCUAACGUUUUACAGGCAGGUUCAUUAAGUGAUGCAGACGAUGAAUUCCUCAUGUCACUGAAAUCUUAUAAGAAAGUGUUAGCAACAUUGAAUUUCAAAACAGAUGUGAAUCGAGUGGAAUCUAAUGAGGAAAGAAAAGUGAAUUCAAAGAGUGAGGAGCAGACUGAUCAAGAGUUGGAAACUUCCAUUUCGUACUGCAGUGAUUUGGAUCAGUCACAACAGCCCAUAUCUGGGGAAACAAGUGAAGGAGAGAGUGAACAGCUGGGCGUGUCACCUUUAACAAGGCAAUACUCUCUCGAUUGGUCAAGCAUUAACGUUUCAUUACAAUCUAUCGUGGUACAACAAGAGAAAAUUGAAAUAAAGCAAAGAAGACGUCAUUCGGUGGCUUUUUCACCGAGUACAAAUUCACUCCCAUUUCAUUUGGUGAGAGAAAUCAAACAAGAACAAGGACAGCCUCCAGAACCCAUCAAACCUGAUGUGGGUUAUCAGAAAUAUUCAUCAAAGCAAGAUGAAGUAGCAGGCACCCCCUCAGAGCUGCCAGUUCCUCAGAAAUAUUUAUCAAGACGGCAAAGUGUGGAUGUGAACGCAUUGAGCCUCUCACCAGCAACAUUCGUAAAUCCAGAGGAGGAUGGAAACCAAGAUGAUGCAGAAGAGAGCUCCGCACAAGCCUCAGCAGCUCAGAGAUUUUUAUCAAGACGACGAAGUGUGGAUGUGAACACAUUGAGCCCCUCAUUAGCAGCAUUUGUAAAUCCAGAGGAGGAUGAAAACCAAGAUGAUGCAGAAGAGAGCUCCGCACAAACCUCAGCAGCUCAGAGAUAUUUAUCAAGACGACGAAGUGUGGAUGUGAACACAUUGAGCCCCUCACCAGCAGCAUUUGUAAAUCCAGAGGAGGAUGAAAACCAAGAUGAUGCAGAAGAGAGCUCCGCACAAACCUCAGCAGCUCAGAGAUAUUUAUCAAGACGACGCAGUGUGGGUGUGAACUCAUCAGCAACAUUCAUAAAUCCAGAGGGGGAUGGAAACCAAGAUGAUGCAGAAGAGAGCUCCGCACAAACCUCAGCCGCUCAGAGAUAUUUAUCAAGACGACGCAGUGUGGGUGUGAACUCAUCAGCAACAUUCAUAAAUCCAGAGGGGGAUGGAAACCAAGAUGAUGCAGAAGAGAGCUCUGCACAAACCUCAGCCGCUCAGAGAUAUUUAUCAAGACGACGCAGUGUGGGCGUGAACUCAUCAGCAACAUUCAUAAAUCCAGAGGGUGAUGGAAAACAAGAUGAUGCAGAAGAGAGCUCUGCAAAAACCUCAGCAGCUCAGAGAUAUUUAUCAAGACGACGAAGUGUGGAUGUGAACACAUUGAGCCCCUCAUUAGCAGCAUUUGUAAAUCCAGAGGAGGAUGAAAACCAAGAUGAUGCAGAAGAGAGCUCCGCACAAACCUCAGCAGCUCAGAGAUAUUUAUCAAGACGACGAAGUGUGGAUGUGAACACAUUGAGCCCCUCAUUAGCAGCAUUUGUAAAUCCAGAGGAGAAUGAAAACCAAGAUGAUGCAGAAGAGAGCUCCGCACAAACCUCAGCAGCUCAGAGAUAUUUAUCGAGACGACGAAGUGUGGACGUGAGCUCAUUGAGAUCAUCGUUGAAAGCGUUUUUAAUUCCACAGGAGGAUGGAAACCAAAAUGGAUUAGCCGAGGGGUCCUCACAAUCUGCAGCAGCUCAGGAUCUUUCAGACAGCGAUCACAAGCUGGAUUUAGUCAAGCAAUUAUCAUCAGGUUCAAUGAAAGAGGCAGAUCAUCCAAUUCUGAAAAAGGCCUUAAAGCGCAAGAAACAUUCAGCAAGACGUCAUACUAUGGACUGGUCAAAGUUGGAAGCUGACAAAGACCGAGAUGAAUCUAAAUUCACUAAACGUGCCUCAACGUCUAAGAAAUCUUCAAGGAAACGUUUCAGUCUGGAUUUAUUAAACUAUAGAUCUUCGUUGAAAUCGAUUCAAAGUGCAGAGAGUGAUCAGGACGGAGAUGAAGGAAGAAAAUCCCCCAGGUUCUCGUUUGCCUCUGAUGUUACCGGACAACAUUCCAAAACAAAGGCCACGGCUGAGGAAGGCGAGCACCAGGGGAGUUCCCAGCAGGAACAGGAACCUCCAACACAGCCCGAUUCUAGUCUGGACUCAGUGAAAAGGAAACUUCCUAAGCACCAGCUUCCCAGAUCUGAGAGUGAGUCAUCGCCUGAUCAAAAUGAAACAAUCUCCAAAUCUCCAGCCACAGCUGAUGAGGUCAACCGUGAAAAGACUGAGCAACAGGAAGGGGAUGGUGGGCAGGCAGUGCUGGAGUCUGAUAGUAAUCCACAAAUAUCGGAAGCUGAAGUUUCUGGAAAAGUAUCUGAUACUUCCAGUGAUCAAGCUGCAACCAAGGUUCUUGGACAGGCUCCUGAGGGUGAAGACAUUUUUGAAAUUAUGAUUUCCUCGGCAAUGAAUGAACUGGAGAUGGAAGCAAGUGAUACUGAAGAGCAGAGGCGCCAUUUGAAAACUGGUGACAGAUGUAAAAAAGUGAUUUUAUUUCCUGAAGUAGUGGUGACAGACCGAAAGCAAGGCAUCCUGGGCUUCAAAAUGCACAGAUAUGUACGAGAACAAGAGAAAGCAGUCGAUAAAAAACAUCACAAAGCGAAGACAGGAUCCACAAAGGGGCACUCCCAGCAAAAGGCAACGUGCAGAUAUGUACGAAAGGAUGAGCCUUCUGUGGAAAGGCUGGAUUCGGAACGCAUUCUGAAAGUGCUCCAUACGGAUAAUACAGUGCGUGUCCGGGGUACUAAUCCAGAAGGUGUGGCUGGCAAUACACCUAGCAAGCAAGAAACACAGCCACGUGAUGGUGCUGAAGAAUCAGCCCAAAAGACAUCAUCACAAGAGGCCUCCAAAAAGAAACCAACCCAAGAUGAUUGAAUAUUGUUAACUGUAAUAGAAGAUGGCCACCAGGAACAUUUCUGCUGAAGACAGGGAUGCACUAUUUGUUAAAUGUCUCCAUGUAGUCAUUUUCUGAGAUAAUGUAGUGUCUUGUUUUGAGGAUGUUUUGUCUGUCCUUAAUAAAGCUACAAAA